AGAGCCCCGGGGAUUGGAGAGAGGCUGGAUUGACCUCCCCCAGAUCCCUGUUGUGAAAGCGAACAAGCAGCGAAUGGGUUUUGACGUCACUGCUGCCGCCCUCUAUAAUAAGAUCAGACAAACAAACAGCAGAGCAGUUACUAUUCAAGAUGAGAGGAUUCCUGAUACUGCUCAGUGUUCUGCUGGUGCUGGAGGGAAACGAGGCUUAUGAGCAACUACACCCACGUGAACGAGGAAUUGUUGACAAGGCUAUAGAAAAAGCCAAUCAGGAAUUUGGAAAACGACACCACCUUGAUUAUUCUUCCAUUGAAGAAGCUAAUGAUGAAAAAGGCAUGCUCCGUGUGUUAUUAAAACCCACCUCAUGUGAGAAGAUAACACCAGCCGUUCAUCAGGGAAACUGUGAAAUCCGAGAAAAAGCUAUGCCUCAGGUGUCUUGUGUUGCCUGUAAUGAAAACAUGAAUUGUUUCCUUCGCAAAGACCAUGUUAAGUCAAGAGAAGCUGUACUUAAGUGUUUAGGACUGAAUGUUUAUCGCCUCGGAGGAGGACAUUUUUUGCCCCAGACAGAAGAAAAUCCGCAAAAAACUGGAUGUCUCGGUUGCAUCUGAGAAGAAAAAGAUUUUUGCAAGUGACCAUAAUAUGAUUUAAAAGGUGUAAUAAUAACACUAUUUAAAUAUUCUAUAACAUACCUGGUAAGCCAAGCUUCUUUCCAGGUAAACAUAUUUUAAAAUGUAAGUACAUCUAGAAUUAAUGUUCAUCAAUCAGUGUUUUCAAUCUUCAUGUAUUUUUGAGAUAAAUAUAGAUAUUGUAAUAUGAAAUAUCUUCUGAAAUGUCAAAUAAAAAAAUAGGCCUAUAACUUAUGGAAAGCAAAUUGUAACUUUAUCCCCAUUUUAAUGGAUUAGUUAAAAAGCCUUGAGAUCUUCCCUGAAAUUUUAUUAUUUUAAUUUCUUUCUUUUAUUGAAGAACUGUUGUCCAACAAUGUCAUGUUGUUAUUUCUAACAGUUGUUUUGUUGUUUGAUUAGUGUAUUAAAUGUUGAUACUACAAAAAACAUUACAAUAAUGAAAUUAAAACAUUAAAAUGCUAACACAA